AAAUCAUUUUCCCUGCUCUUCUUCUCUUCCCAACACACCCCCCCCCCCCCCCCCCUCUUUUCUCUCUCUCUCUCUCUCUCUCUCUCUCUCUCUCUUCCUCUUCAGUUUCUGAUUAUGGAUUAGACUUUUUCCUCUUUUUUUUAUCUUUUUAUUUUGUUAAUUUUUCUUGGUAACCUUGAAACUUCCAACUUACCUAAACUCAAUUGCAAAAUUUCUCGAACCUUCCACUCGCCGGCUAGGAUCCCGAGACCGGCGUGAUCUGCGGCCCUGAUUCAGUCAAAAUUCAACCGAUUCAUGUGGAAGCGGGAGCACCUGAUCAUCCCUCUGCUGUAUCAACAACCAGCAGCAUGUAGCAUUUAUUCAAGUUUGUGGUGAAUUGCAGCAACGGCACUUUGAUUUGAUCUCUUCCUGUUUCUGCUAUGACUUCCAAAGUUCUCAUGGUUUCUUCAAGGGAAGGUACAGAUGAAUUUGCUUCUGAUGAAUUGCAGAAGCGGCAGAGCCCAGAUAAUGGAAGUCACACAACACAAGAGAUUGAUGAUAAUGGAAUUCAUACAUCACAAAAUGAAGAAGUCACACCGGUUACCUCUGACAAAACUAUGCAGGAUGCUAAUGCUGGGGUCCAUAUAUCGCAGUUAGAUAAAGAAGGAAGUAUCUCCUCUAUAAUACCAGGUAAAGUCUCACAGACCCCUGGCCCUCGCUCCAGUGCCUUGCAAUCUGGUCAGGAAGGUAGAAUUCCUAUUGUUCGUGAAAAAGUGUCAGAAGAUGGAUAUCAUUGGCGAAAAUAUGGCCAAAAACUUGUUAAAGGAAAUGAGUUCAUUCGGAGCUAUUACAAAUGUACACAUCCAAGCUGUCAGGUGAAAAAGCAAUUGGAGCAUUCACAGGAUGGCCAGAUUGCUGAUAUUAUUUACUUUGGUCAGCAUGAUCAUCCUAAACCUGAACAUAAUCUUCCACAAGCAGUGGGGUUCGUGCUGCCUGUUGUUAAAGAAACAGCCGAUGAACCUUCAUCAACUGGCACAGAAGAAGAUCGUGCACCUCAUCUACUCAAGUCAACAAGUACCUCCAAGAUUUCAGUUGGUACAAGAAGUGAGAAUGCAAAAGGUGCACUAUCAGAAUCAAAUAAGAUAAAAGAUGAGGUUGAUAAUGAUGAAGAACCACGCUCAAAACGACAGAAGAAAGGCAACCACAACGUUGAGCUUAUGGUUGUAGAUAAGCCAACUAGUGAACCACGUCAUGUUAUUCAAACUUUAAGUGAGAUUGAUAUUGUGAAUGAUGGGUACCGUUGGCGCAAAUAUGGGCAGAAAUUGGUUAAAGGCAAUCCAAACCCAAGGAGCUACUACAGGUGCUCAAGUCCUGGUUGCCCCGUUAAGAAACAUGUAGAGAGGGCAUCUCAUGACCCAAAAGUGGUUAUAACCAGUUACGAGGGACAACAUGAUCACGAUGUACCUCCUUCAAGGACAGUAACUCAUAAUGCAACUGGUGUAAGCGCUUCUAACAUGAACAGUGGUGAGUCGGGCACUAAAUCAGGAGCGAGUGAUGGGGUUCCUAACAAUAGUUUGGAUCCAAGCGGAAAUUCAAAGGAGCAACUGAAUAGCAAGUCAGAUUCAGGUGAUGAUGGUAAAUCAAGCAAGCCGUGGAAUGGCAAGUCCAGUGCUAAAGAGGGAAGUGGUGCUGCUGUCAUGGACACAGUUGACAAUACCAGUUCGAUGUCUGAAUGUCGAUCAAUUGAACAACAUGAUGGUGAGUCCAGAACUGAGUCAAAAGUGAAUUGUGCUGCUUAUAGUGCUCAUGCUAUUACUCCAGUUCCAGAAACUAAUCCAAAUGAGCAACGCAUACCGAAUGCAGAGCCUGUCCAAAGCUAAUUGAAACAUAUUGAUUUUUGAGAGAUAGGUAAGUACAUACAGCUGUGUAAAUUAUUACAAUAGAUCAAAUAAUCCUUACAGAUGUAUAGCGUAUCAGUGAAAUCUAAUAUGUAACCAACUUCAAUUUUUAACUGCAUCCUUUCCUUCAGUAUCUUA